UGAACUAGUAUUUGAGUAACUAUCUUGUGACUGUGUCCACAGAAGAAGGGAGAAGUGUUAUCGUUAUAGUUUAUAGUUUACAGUAUGUAGUUAUAAUCAUCCUAUAGUUAUUUUAAAAGACAGUACAUCUAGUUAUGUGAGUGUUCACUUGAUCCAUGGUAGAAUUUUUUUUUUGACUUACAGCACUACUGAAGGGUGAGUAGGUAUUUUUUGGCUGAUAUAGUACUGCUUAUCGUGUAUGGAGUUGAGAUUAAAUUAUAUAACUAACAACAUAAGUGUGUUUGUUCAUCAAGCCGACAGAGAUUUGACCUUAAUAAGACUUGUUUUAGGAUCCCAUGUCAAAGAACACAUUUCCUUUCACCUCUGCCUCGCUGCGCUCACUCAGACUGGAGCAGGAGCUCCAAGAAUGGGAGGAUGCACGGCGAGCUUUGGCCCAUAGAAGAAGCAUGACCAGGUCCCCGCUGCCGAGCCCUCCCCGGCUUCCUCCCAGGCAGCGGCGGCUUCAGGAGGUACGAGCCCCUCCACCCCAAGUUCACUGCAGAGACACAGCCAUCCACAACACCUUCAUGUGUGGGGACAUGAAGGGAGUUUACGCCGUGCUGAAGGACCCUGCGAUGGUCAAUGCCCUGAUGGAGACAGUGCACGAGGAGAUGGUGUGGGCUCCAGAGAUGGGAAUGUGGACGCUGAGCUCCAAGGUGAGACAAACUACAGCCUUACACCUGGCUGCCAGCAGGGGACAUGCAGCGUGUGUGGAGGAGCUGCUGUUUCGUGGAGCUGAGGUUAACGCUGACCCUGGAGGAAACACCGCUCUACACGAUGCAUGUACCGGAGCCCACUCUGUUUGUGUCCAGCUGUUGCUGUCUCAUGGAGCAGACUCUGAACGGUUGUCAGCAGACGGCAGCGCCCCUCUUCACCUCUGUACCUCUGCACUGUCGUUCCACUGUGCCAAGUUGCUUCUGGAAGGAGGUGCAAACGUCAACAUAAGGAGUCGGGAGUCGAGGCUUACACCUCUGCAUGUGGCUGCCCAGCGAGGCCUGGAGGAGCAUGUGGAGCUAUUUCUCAGCCAUGGAGCAGAUGUUUUAGCCACUAAUCAGGAGGGCGAGACUCCUCUGAAUGCUGCAUGCUCCAGAGCGGAAAGGCCUUCUGAAGCAGGGCGCUAUCUUCGAGUGAUCCAGAAGCUGCUGGGUGCAGGAGCUGAUCCCCAAACUGCGGGCAGGAAACGGCACACCCCGCUGCACAACGCCUGUGCAAACUGCUGCUCCAGAAUUGCAGAUGUUCUCCUGCUGCACGGAGCUAAAGCCGACAUUAAAAACUGUGCAGGGUACACUCCAAUGGACUGUCUGUUGCAGGUGGUGGAAGACUACCAAACCCAACAACCUGAGGAGAUAGCGCGAUCCCUUCUGAACCACGGAGCCAAACCUGUUUCACCAAAGAUGCUGAAACUCUGUGCUCCGGUCCCUGCCGUUCUAGAAGUGAUGCUGAAUUCAUACAUGUCCCUCCCUCCAUGUGAAUGGAUGGACUCUCUGUCUGAUGAGGUGUAUGAGGAGCACGGGCCUUUCUUAGACUUGGUGCAUCAGCGAAGUGCCUCGCCUCGCUCCCUGCAGCAUCUGAGUCGACACGCUUUGCGGCUGCAUUUAGGAGCCCGAUGUCACUCAGCUGUCGGGAAACUGGACAUUCCCAGCUCAGUGAGGGAUUAUCUGCUGCUGUACAAUGAUGGGACUCUAAAGUAAAGUUUUAAUGUUUCUGUGCCAUCUGUGGACACAUUAGACAAGUUAUAUUAUUGUUUAUCAUUGGUAAAGCCAUUUUCCUGACUAAUCUUGUAUUUACAUAUAAAUCAAUGCUUUUAUUUCAAAGUGGGAAUAAAUAAAUGCAAUAAAUUUAA